AUGCUGGAGGAACAAUCUCAUAGAACAAGGAGGAAGGUGGCCGUAGUGGCGGCAACAUUGAUCAGCCUGGCCUGUGGUACAAAUUAUGCAUAUUCAGCAUGGGCCCCACAGUUCGCAGAGCGUAUGCACCUGUCUUCGACGCAAAGCAACCUAAUCGGCUCCAUGGGCAAUAUUGGCAUGUACGCAUCGGGAAUACCACUGGGUUACAUGGUUGACCACAAAGGCCCAAGACCUGGCGUCUUGCUUGGCAGCUUCGCACUGGGGGCAGGAUUCUAUCCCAUCAAAUUGGCAUACGAUGGUGGAGUUGGCUCGAUGAGCGUCUUUAUGCUCUGCUUUUUCUCCUUCUUGACCGGCUUCGGUAGCUGUUCGGCUUUCCAAGCCGCAAUCAAGACAGCCGCUUUGAACUGGCCGUUACAUCGAGGUACUGCUACAGCCUUCCCGCUGGCCGCGUUUGGCCUUAGCGCGGUUUUCUUCACCACAGUUUCACAUAUAUUCCUCGGAGAUGACGUGGGUGAAUAUCUAUUGCUUCUCGCCAUUGGCACCGUUGUUCUUACCUUCACCUCCUUCUUCUUUGUCACUGUUCCCCACGCCGAACAAUAUCGAGCUUUGGCUCAUUCCGAGCCUCGAAUACGGCGAGAUUCGAAUCCGUUGCAAAAGCAACCGGUGUGGAAGGUUGGGAAAGGAUCGCGACUUCAUGAAGAACCAGACCAAGAUGAGGAAGAUCGACAUUCCUCACGCGCUCAGGAGCCUUCUAGCAGCGAAUCUGCUUCUCUGCUCUCAGAUGGCUCCUCGAUCCCUGGAGACAUUCAAGAUUCGAAACCUCUGGAUGAUUCAGGAAUCACUCACUCACAUAGAGCAGAUGUAUCGGGUUUUAUGCUUCUCAGAAAGGUUGAGUUUUACUCCUUAUGGGUCAUGCUCGGCGUACUCACCGGCAUCGGGUUGAUGACGAUCAACAACAUUGGCAACAACGUUCAGGCGUUGUGGUACAAUGACCCAGAUGCCGACACGACGUUUAUCAUGAAGAGGCAGCUGAUGCAUGUCUCUAUAAUAUCUGUCUUUUCCUUCCUUGGCAGAUUGCUGAGCGGUAUUGGCUCUGACGUUCUGGUCAAGCGCCUGCACAUGUCGCGCUUCUGGUGCUUAGUUUGUAGCAGCUGCGUCUUUACGCUUGCGCAGGUCGCUGGGCUCAAUAUCUCUGAUCCGCACUACCUCUGGGUGCUUAGCAGUCUCACUGGCCUCGCGUACGGUGCGCUCUUUGGUGUCUACCCUGCCUUGGUGGCCGACACCUUCGGUGUGACGGGCUUGUCUGUCAACUGGGGAUUUAUGACACUUGCCCCUGUGGUGAUGGGGAACAUCUUCAAUCUUGCGUAUGGUGCGAUUUACGACCGACAUUCUGUACCGCAUGAUCAAGGGCACUUGGUCUGUGAACAAGGGCUGGAGUGCUACAAAGCGGCGUAUCUCUUCACUUUCUUCAGCAGCCUUGUUGGCAUUGUAUGUACAUUGUGGUGUAUUUGGUACGAAGAUUUUGUAAGGGCGAAACGGGAGCAGGAAGCUCUCGGCGAGCAUCAUGCGUAG